AUGGCGACGUCGCCGUCAACGACGGGGGCGCGCAAUCACAGUCAUUUAGGUAUGCCUAAUAAUGAGGAGGAAAUUCGGGCCAAAAAACGUGAGAAUCAACGAGAUAGAUAUGCUGCAUUGCGUAGCGAUGAGAAACCUCAGAAGGAGGAAGCUCGGGCCAAAAUUCGUGAGUAUCAAGGAGAAAGGUAUGCUGCAUUGCCUAACCACACGGAGAAAUUUUGGGGAAAAAAUCGUGAGUACCAACUUAGUCGUCGGGCUCGUCUAAAGGGCGAGGCUGAUGCAUCCAAAUUGAUUGCAGCAUCUGAAAUCACCGAUACUAGAAUGGAUGAUAAAGACAACUCUUGUAAGAGGAAACGGGACAUGGCUUCACAAGUGGAUAAUAUAGAUCAAGGCACUCAUGAAGAUCAGGACACUCUAAAGCACAUGGCCAAGAAGAGGUAUAGGCAUGCAAUGCCUGAUGAUAAGAAGGCUGAGGUCCUUGCUAAAAACGUGUUGGGAAAGGUGUAUAUCAACGUGAUUAUGGUGCACAGAAAAAAGUGGAUCAAGGAGCUUUCAAUUCUGGCAUUUGGAACCAGAAGACACAUUGCAUGGAAUAGAGGGUAUGAAAGAUUUAAACUGUGUACAUGUAGAUCCCAAAAAUACAUUAACCCAAAUGAAGAUGGCCCUGACAUCUAUGAGGAUGAUGAAGCUAGAAUGUUUAAUGAUAAAGAUUUCAAAUAUAAGUAUUCUAUAGAACCCACAACAAAAACAAAUGGUCAUGAUCCUUAUAACUUUGUGUAUGUGGGUCUUCCUGAGACCCAUCAUGUCUUGAAGAAAGUGCAAAACUGUUUUUAUUGUCAUGCAAAGAGGUUUGAAGGUGAAGGUCCUGCAUUUUGUUGUCGGAACGGACGUGUUAAUAUAUUUAUACCAGAAGUCCCAGAUGAGCUCCGUCGAUCGUUCACAAGUUAA